CAUUACCUAUUCCGUGGACAGAGAAUCGCGAAGACUUUAAAGACCGUAAAUAUUGUGUGAGUCGUUAAAGAUCCAUGGUUACAUUAAUGUCGGUCGAUAAUAAGAAAAUGAAGUACACAAUGGUUCUCGUGCCACGCUUUGUGAGAAACAUAACGUUCACGGUCAAGUAAACAGUACCGCCAAGAGAAAAGUCGCCAUUUUGUUUGAGUCAACCGAGUUAUGUUUCCUGAAAGUUUUCGCUCACCCGUUGUUCUUUCCGUUGCUGUAAAGCUACUCGUACGGAACUGUAUUCUUAUAAAACUUGUUCCGCGGAAUCUUCAUGAAAACAACGUAUAUCGCGGAAAAGAUAAAAUUUCUUUAAGGAUGCAUCAUGUAACAAAUGCACUUGCUCCUUUAUGCACACACUGAGACGCUGCGCGGUUCUCGUUGCGCAACAACAAGAAGAGUAAGCAAGGCGAUAGCGUUGCAACGCGCUAAAUAUUAACGAUAAAUACUACAUAGUAAUUGUGAGCCGAUCGUGGCCGGAUCCUGGUUAUUAACGACAAGCAUCGUUCAAAAUGAUAAUGAACCCUUUACAAUUUUUUAUCACAGCGACAUUCCAUUAUGACAGUGUUCUAUUCUAAAGAAUAUUCGCAUUAAUAUUUGCUAUACAUAGUCGAUUAAACAUACCCGAUACCUUACAUAUUUUCUACUUCCAUUUCAAUAGUUUCUCCUGUGUAGUUUUCCUUGUAUAUCAGAUAUUUCUUCCCAAUUACAAAAAGUGUGACCACUGAAUUAGUUUUAUACGAUUGAACGUUAAUCAUUUUUAAACGGAAUGACGUAGCGAUCGUAGUAUCGUUAACAAAAUUGUUUAUACAAAAACACGCACACACACACACACACAUACGCAAUGCUCACAUGACUUUUAUCAUGGCGCGGGCGCGGGCGCGAGCGCGCGCGGUAAGUGUAUAUUUACAAGAUUACUCCUUGAUCAUAUAAUAUUUAUAAUAAUCAUGGUCACUCACUAUUACAAAUAAAAUGCGCAAAGAACAGUGUGAAAUGUAUACAGGAGCGCAAUAAUUACCACGUGUAUGAUAUUACUACACGAAUUGUUCGCAAAAGAGUGAGAGCAUGUGCAUACUAUUUGAAAAGUGAAAGAAAUAGGAAUGCUUUGAAAAGUAAAAAAAGAGUGGUUCAUAAAAGUUUCGCAGAAAUGGAAAAGAACGGAACUGUAGAGAACGUAAGUGUUACGGAGGCUAAAAAUGCAACAAAGAAAAACGUCCGGAAAAAAGGAAUUAUAUACUUAUCUAAUAUACCAAGGUACAUGAAUAUCACAAAAAUUCGAGAAUUGUUUUCCGUGUACGGUCAGAUAGGCAGAGUAUAUCUACAAUUAGCAGAGAAUGAAUUAGAACGAGACUCUAAGCUGAGAAAACGUAAGAAAGUUUGCACAAAGUUUUUCACCGAAGGCUGGGUUGAAUUUGAAAGUAAAAAAGUAGCUAAAUAUGUGGCAUCGAUAUUGAACAAUAAACAAAUUUCAACUAGGAAAAAGAGUAAAUUUUACGAUGUUAUUUGGAAUAUUAAAUACUUGCCAAGGUUCAAAUGGAUUCAUUUAAGCGAACGUUUGGCUUACGAGCGAGCUGUACGAAAACAAAGACUACGAACAGAGAUUGCUCAGGCCAAGAGAGAAGCGAAUUUCUUCUCCCAAAAUGUUGACAGAAGUAGGAAGUUACGUCGCAAACAAGAACGAGAUGGAAAUAACGUGUUUGUACCACCCAUGAUAAAACAAAGAGACACAGAUGCUGAAAUUAGAAGUAGAAAAGAAGAUGAAACUGCUACGGACAGAACAGGUUUUUUGAAAUCAUUGUUUGGAUAAUUAUCGAUGAGCGGCUAACCACCGUAACUUUU